AUGUCGGAUAGUAAAAGUUUGCUACCUACGGUAAUUCAUUUUGGUUUUCCAGCAAAACUUGUCGAAUGGUUAAAUAUGAUUAGUAAACGUAAUAUUUCAUCUGAUCCACUUGACUCACUUAUUGUUGCAAUGAGCAAUGUGAGUCAAUGUGAAGAAGGUGUGAUUGCAUUGAACGAAGCCUGUGCAAUGACUGCUUUAGAAAUGUCCAAAAGUGCUUUAGCUAACAGACUGGAAAAAAAUCAUUUUACUUCAUCAUUUUAUCCUCGAAUCUAUGCGAUGAUAUCAACGGCUGAUCAACUCAAGACUCUAACAGUUCUUAAGCCGGCUAUUGAUUAUUUAAUCGCUAAAAUUCGUGAAGCCAAUGCUUCAACUAAUUUGCGUUCGAAAACGGGCCAUCUUUACGAAUACUUGGUACCACUCGCUAAACUUCUCAUUAAUGAUAAUGUGGCGACCUAUCUAUUAAAUGAUAGUGAAUUAGGUGGUCUCGCAUUCUUUAUUGAACUUUUAUACAAGCACGAUAUACUCUCCGCUAACGAUCUAUUCGUAAAACAUCUCAUUCGACUAGCACUAUACAAUAUUUUAUGUAGCCUUGCGUUUCAUGAAUCUGUUCAACAAGAAUUGAAAGAAAAUCCAAGAUUCAUAAAAACUAUUUCAGAAGCUUCAAAUUCAUCGACUUCAAAUAUCGAGACGUUUAUUCCAUCAUCUUUGAGAAAUAACUUGAUGAGUAUUAAAGCUGCUGCUGAUGGAAUAUUGGUCUAUCUCGAUAAAUUCAAGAUAUCUGUCACAAAUGAUAACAAAGCUGUCAACACACCUGUCACGAAAAUUCCCAUGAUUUCUUAUUCACAUAAAGAUGCAAAUUUCUGCAGAUCGGUUGUCGCUGCUCUCAAAGAAUACUCCAUUUCAGUCUGGAUCGAUGAAGAUGGACACUGUUUGUCAAAUGACUGUUGGGAAGAAAUAGCAAUAGCUAUAAGGAAUGCAAGCACGAUAUUAAUUGUUGUCUCAGAAAACUACUGUACUAAAAGCGAUUCAUGCCGUGUUGAAGCCACUUAUGCUAUUAAACUCAAAAUUCCAAUAAUUGCUCUAUAUAUUGAUGACAAUUAUCAGGCGGAACCUUGGCUUGAUAUUCAUCUCAUAGGAGUGCAUGUUAAGUUUGGCAGAAAGCCAUUUGCUGAAAGAAUUGCUCGUCUAGCUACAUACAUAGCCGCACGUAACAAUCCAUUAGCGACUAUGGAACCAUCGCAGACACCACUGGGUCACUCCGCACAUGAAGUCUCUAUACCAUCUAUGAUAAAGGAAGAUAAUAACUCAUUAAGAACCAAAAUUUCUGAAACUAAUAUUGAAUAUUCUUUGCCGAAAACAUCACCUCGCACAUGGUCUAAAGCUGAAGUGAGAGCUUGGUGGUGCACUGAAAGAACUCUUGUGCCUCAACUAUGCACAUUUUAUGACGGUGAAGCACUCUGCGUAUACGCUCAGAUAUUCUUAAGUCUUUAUCAGCAAAAUCCGUUAAAACAUUUGCAGAAUCUACAAGAACAAUCAAAACGCGAACAUGGUGUCGAUUUUUAUGAUAACCAUUAUGCAAAUAUGGUGAGCUCUAUGAUGUGGAUUGCAAAACAAAAGAAAAACGAUGAACAUGUAAUGAAUAAGCAUUCAAAAUCAGCUUUAUGUGUUCUUGUAUAA